AUGUCGCUCAAUGGGCUCGAUCAUCCCCCCGUCAUCGAAGCCUAUCAAACCGCUUUGACCGAGGCCGGCGGAUGGUUUCUGCUUCGGUAUGUAUCAAGGGAUGAGGUAGCUCUCCUCGAGCGAGGGACAGGUGGGGUCCCUGAUGUGCGCAAUGCAAUCGAAGGUUAUGAAGAGACGUCACCGCUCUAUGGCUUUCUCCAAUACCGCCGGCGAAAGGUCGUGCUCAGCUACUUGCCCGAUGGCAUGUCUCGGCUGCUUCAAGCUCGAACGACGGUACAAUUCCAGUCCAUAUUAGACAAGUUCUCGCCGCAUGAUACGGUCUUCUCGGUGAAACAACCAUCGGAACUCACUGAAAGCGCCCUGUCAUCCGCAUGCUUGCUACAUACGGCUUCCGGCUCAAUUAACUCCUCGUGCAGCUCCCUCCGCCGUCGCAAACUGAUGGAAAUCGCGGAGGAUGCGGAAGAGCAGCCCGUAGACAAAGACACAGCCCCAGCAAUACCACCGAUGAGCGAGAUGCGACAAAGAGCCUACAGUCAGAUCUCCGAAGCCACGGUAGUUCCCCCAUCCGUGAUGUCCAGUGUACAACAGUCGCCCAUUGGUCCUGAGUCGAGUGUGACAAUCCUGGAAAGCGUUCCAGGUAGAGAUCGGUCCUCUUCAGUAGCCAAUUCGGAACGUGCACCUUCCCUGAGAAACUUUCAGGAGGACGCUACACAGGCUGCUUCCGAGCCUCGCAGGUCCUCACAGUCGACCCGGCCAUCCAUAAAGGAGAUUGAUCGUGCAGCUGGAUACGUACCCAAAGCCAAGCUUGGCCCGCGGCCGUCAUUGGACGGGAGUGGACGGCCUCGCACUGCAGGCAACCUGUCGCGGUCUGCUGACAAGCGACCGGUAGCCUCGUUGCCCGCGGGGGUUCGGUCAUCGUCCUUGCGAAAGGCCAGCCCGAGUGCUUCGCGUCCUCAGUCUCAAGGGGGCAGCAGCACACCCGCAUCUAUCAAAGUGCCUACUGUACCGCCUUUGCUGUUGCCUCCAUUGUCGACACCUAUAUCUCGACCCAAACUGUCUCCGGGUGCCAAGUCUCUGAGUGCGCUAUCAUCGGGGGCAUCACAAGAGAGAGAACGGUUGAUGAAGGCACUUCAAAUGCGGAAAACUCAAUUGGCGAAGAAAGCAAGAGAAGAGAAGAAGAGCGAAGCUGCUGACAAAAAGGGGGCAGUGAAAUCGGAUCCGACCGAGAAUAAGGAGAAUACCAACUCCCAGCUCCCUGAAGAAGUCAAACUUCAGGACAAGCCGGUACCAGUUUCGGAACCCGGCAACAAACCCCUAUCUGAAACGGAGGGAACCAUGACUCCUGGGGCAUUACAAAAGGAGGAAGGGAGCCCUACAGUUCCCGGUCAGACAAAUUCCGAGUUGUGCCUGCAGGAGGCUGAUACGGCGACCCCUAAUCCUCAAGCAUCGACCGACAAAAACAGCCGCCAGAUUACAGCAACUAUUAAAACCUCCCAGCCGACAUCCACCCUGUCGGAAUCUGAAACACACGCUUUAGAAGGGGCCUUGGCUGCGUCCGACGACGGGGAGACUACGGGUGGCCCCUGCACGCCUAGCGCCGUAUUCCACGUCCCACCAGAGAACGAUUCUGGAAAAGCUCCGAAGGAAGAAAUUGUUGGCCCCUCGCCACCCCAAACGGAUAACAACAGCAACAAUCCUCUUGUUCCUGGCGAACAAGAGGUCAAUUCGACUUCGGAAUCAACAAUUCAGGCUUUUCAAUCCGAAUCAAGUCCUCAGCCCAACUCUCCUUCUUUCAUUUCGCGCCCAACUCCCUCCCCCGAUUCGCCGUCGAUCACCGUGCCUCAUUCUCCCGAGCCGCAGCAUGACCUGACCCCUGAAUCCUCGAAUGUGGAGCGACAGCAUAGUACUACUCGAAAGGAGAAACGCAAACCUUACCUUGAACCCAUUCAAGUACCUACUCCAGACUACUCUGAUGACGAGAACCUUCUCUCUGACGAUUCUUUCAUGGAAGAAUUAAAAAGUGCCACCGUUGAAGAGGCCAAGCCGAUCUCGGUCGGCAUUUCACCCCUUUCCCCCGGAUACUCGAACACAAGCAACGGCAACACCUCGCCCGACGCGUGGAGGAACUCCCGUGCCGUCUCAAAUCCAAGCGCUAUUGGACAUCAACCCCCCGAAAUGCAGGCAUUAGCCAUGGGUCGGUCGGUGUCGUCCUCGUACGCCGAUGCGGGAGACAGCAACAGCCCCGUCCUAGUGGCCAAAAAAAUCAAUGUCUCGUCCGGCAUCUCCAAGCGCAUCAAGGCGUUGGAGAAGUUCUCCAACACCCGCGAAACCACCCCUACCGCUGGCCAGACCCUGGCCGCUCCUUCCUUCGAGUCCCUGCGUAAGGGCUAUUCCGAGGCCUCGACGAUCUCGAGACCUGUUUCCUUCUACCCCGAAUCCUUCUCUCGCACAACCAGCCUACGGCGUCCUGUAUCUCAGGCUGGUCCUGGUCUCACGCGUAGCGCGAGUUCGGUCUCCGUGACCGCUCGCAUAGUUCGUGAGCGUCCUUCCACCGGAAUCGAACCAACCGCCGAUUCCCCUGAGCCAAGCUCGCUCAACCUCCUUGCUAGUCCCCUGACUAUCGAGCACAACACUAUUCCCGAUUUCCCCAUUCCACCAAGUCAUAUAGCCGAGCCGGUGGUCACGCCAGCUGAGGAGCCGAGCGUGUCCGCGGCUUCUGAGGCAUUGGAACAGCAACCCUCCGUUGCGCCUAUCUCGCGCUCUGAGAGCAGGUUGUCUCAUUCCUCUACCCCCAAAAAUGAAGAAGCCAUCGACGACACUCCCUCACCUGAUGUACCCUCUUCUCCUGACGAGAAGAAGACGUCCCGCACUUCCCGGCUCCUCCGUCGUAUGUCGUCGAUCACUUCUAAUUCCCGCAAGACCGUCAUGGCUGCUCUAAAUCCAAUGGUCAACGAGGAAGAGACGGCGCCGAAAGACAAGCCGGAAGUUGCUCGUGAAGCCGCCCAAGCAAUUGACAUUGGCGAGGUCAACGUCCAGUUUCCGGAUACUCUGCUAUGGAAACGUCGCUUCAUCCGUAUCGAUGACAAGGGAUAUCUGGUGCUAACACCUGGAAACCUUGACUCGGGCAAUCGUAACCUGGUUAAGCGAUACCAUUUGACCGAGUUUCGCACGCCUUGUCUUCCGGAUGAAGAUCGACAGGAACUUCCGAACAGUAUCCUCUUAGACUUCAACGACGGAAGCACGCUUCAAUGUGCUUGCGAAUCAAGGAAUGGCCAAUCUUUCGUUCUUCAAACAUUGGUUGAUGCUCACCGCAACUACGGUCAAACGCUCGCUCAAUAG